AUUUACACACGGUAAGCUUGCUUAUUUCCAAAUAAAAUUCGAAAAGUCAAUAUGGACAAGAAAAUCGUUAUUAUCGGAGCCGGACCUUCAGGAGUGGCAGCUGCCACAAAACUUAUGUCGAAUGGCUUUAGCAACGUGACAAUUUUGGAAGCUGGAAAUCGCAUCGGCGGAAGAAUCAAUACCAUUUCAUUUGGUGCAAACGUUGUCGAUAUGGGGGCACAAUGGUGUCACGGUGAAAAAAAUAACGUCGUUUAUGAAUUGGCCAAGGGAAAAAAUGUAUUGGCGCACAGUACCAAAAUCCAAGAACUUAAACUUAUCCAAUCUGAUGGUACCGACGUUCCAAUCGAGAUUACAAAGAAAUUAUCUGAUUUGGCUUUCGAUUUAUACGAUGGUGACGACUACGAUGACGAAAGAUCACAAUUCAAUGGUUCAGUCGGCAACUUUUUUGCAAAAAAAUACAAUGAAGCAUUGAAAACUGAUGAAUUUAAAGACAUCAGCCCCGAAUUGGCUCAUCAAUUUUACGAUUUAUUCCAUGAAUUAGCGAAUUCACUUGAUGGCGCCAAUUCAUGGUAUGAAACAUCAUGCAAUUCACAUGAAUAUGAGGACUGUGAAGGUGAUCGAACGUUGAACUGGAAGGACAAAGGAUAUGUUACGGUUUUUGAUUUGUUACAGAAUAAAAUUCCUGGUGGUGACAAGUCUCAGCCUAUAAUCGAUGUUAUUCCGCUGAUCCAAUUCAACAAAGAAGUGAUGAAAAUCGCUUACAAUCAACCAGAUGGACUUGCAAAAAUCACAUGUAAAGACGGAAGUUCCUAUUCAGCCGAUCAUGUGAUUUGCACCGUUUCAUUGGGCGUUCUAAAAGAAAGAUGUUUGAGCAUGUUCGAACCGUUGCUACCUCGAUGGAAAUACAAUAGCAUCGACGGCAUGAUGAUUGGAACCGUUGACAAAAUCUACUUGGAAUUCGACAAACCAUUUUGGAGCGAAAAUUGGGAAGGAUUCUCUUGUUUGUGGAACUUGGAGCAGUUGAAAGAGGUACGAGAGGAUCCGGUGAAUGGGGACUGGCUCGAAGGGAUUAACGGUUUUUAUCCAGUCAAUCCACUGCAACCCAAUCUUAUUUGCGGAUGGGUCACUGGUGAUUUUGCACGCAAAAUGGAAGAAAAAAGCGAUGAAGAUGUUAAGACCGGCGCUGAAAAGAUUCUUCGACAAUUUUUGAAACAUUUAAACAUUCCGGAUGCCACGAAAAUGAUUCGCUCAACAUGGUAUUCAAAUCCACUUUUCCGCGGAUCUUACUCAUGCUAUACGUUGAAGGCCGAAGCAUUGGAGGGAAAUGUUCAAAAAUUAGCCGAACCGAUAAAUGAUUCGAAUGAAAAGCCAAUUGUUCAAUUUGCCGGAGAGGCAACGAGUACCAAACACUAUUCGUGCGUUCAUGGAGCAAUCGAAUCCGGGUGGCGUGAAGCUGAUCGUCUCAUCAAUUUUUACAAAUAAAUUUACAGGAAUAUUGUAAUUGAGUCUCAUUGAGAUUCAUUUGAAUGAAACUCGAUUAGAGAAAUUGAUUUGAACCUCGACUGAAUAAAAUGAAAUUUUUUUGUGUGAAAACAAAAGUUGCAGAGAA